GAAGCAAACGAGAUUGCGCACAGCGUGUACGAGCGCAUCGGAAAUCCGAGCCAUGGCUACUACGCCGCUGGGACGGGCAGCAGCUCCAGCGUGGGUUCGCUAUGACGGCCGCGGUCCUUUUGAUGCCCGGCGACUAAUAAUCUUUCCAUCCAAGACUGGUGUCAUCUACCUGGGGACAUCUGUAAUCCAAGCUUCUGUGAGUGCGAGUGUUGAAUCGGUUCAUCCAUUCUUCAAUGUGCAUACUGAGUUUGAUGAGCCUCCACUCGAUAUUGGGCCUGAAGAGCUGUCAAGAAAGAUUACCUGCUUCUUGAGUGAGUGUGUCUGCGCUAUGCCAGGAAAAAGCUUACGCAUUGCAAUCUGGGUUAGACAUCAGGGCGGGAAUGUGAUUGAUGGUGCCAAUAUUGCUGUUUUGGCGGCCAUACUCUCCUUUCAGAGACGAGAGGCAGAGUUCAUGGUCAAGGUACAGCAGCUACCUAUCACUGUAACGUUUGGCGUUUUUGAUAGCAACGAAUUAGUGGUUCUUGAUCCGUGUUUCCGUGAGGAACCCCUGCUGCGAGGAACUUUAACAUUUACUGUGAGUGACGGGAAAAUCCCUCUAAUGGAGUCUCGAAGAAUCGGCCGUUCGGCUGAUAUCUUAGGACAGUGGGAUGAUAUAUUGCGACGUGUUGCUUUAGCUAAAGCUAAAGCAACACUUGCUUCAUUGAUGGAAUGGGAUGCAAAAGAGCAACCUCAAGUUCUUAAAUCUACUUGGGGUUUCAAGAUCACAAAAACGCUCGAGCUUGCAACCAGCUGCAAGCGCACAAUACAGUAUAUAUCCAUAAAACGGAUAGAUAAAAAAACUCUAGAUUCUCUAAGCUACAUCCAGAGGACUAAAGUUAAAGGAAGUCACAGGCUUGUACAGCUCAUCGUUUCCAUUACAAGCUUUGGAAGAACAUCAGUGUGUUUCAUGUUCCGAAAGCUAUUGGGUGCUUUCGUGGAGCGGGUGUACGCAGGGGAUGCCCUUUCAAGGGCCAGGACACUCGUCGGAGAAAUGAUGAUGGAGUUCACUCCCAAUCCUGAGUUGAUUUUCAGCGAAGUGCCACCACUGUACUUAAGAGGCUUUGAGACCUUGUGGAGGAGCAAACUUCCCGUGGAAAAUAUCUUUACGAGCACUGUGGAUGCACAACAAUGGCUUAAAAGCAAACAACAAAAGCAAGAGCAUCUCUUGGCUAAAACGAAGCGGUCAAAUAGACGUGAUGACAAAGACGAUUUACCGUGGGAGCUGCGCACCGACAAAGUUGUGGUCAUUGGAUGUUACAUCCCUGUUUUGCUCGAGCCCGUCACACCUUUUGAACCAUGCCCGCCUUUUGGAACAGAAGAUGAGGAAGAUGCAAAAGAAGCAGAAUUAGAAAAAUUGCUCUUCCUCCCCAGGCUUCGUGAUAAAAUUUUAAUGGUUAUGUUAAAGCCUGGUUUAAAGCUUUUCCAAGUAUCAUACACUAGGAAGGAAGGUGACGGAUGGAUAUCAUUUCAAAAAGAUAUGCCAAACGGCAACUGGGAAACUUUGUAGUAAAUUUCUAAAUUCUGUUCU